AAGAAAAGCAGCAGCUGAGUGGAGUCACUGUGAACGGGCCACCGGGAGAUGGAAAGGGGAAACAGGAGCUGAGCGGGUUGUGCACACUGGACGACAUCAGGGUAUUUGCUUUGGAGAGAUUCAUGCUGUGAGGCAAAGGAGCACCCAACUUGUCGGUUCUGGAAAGGGAAAUAAGGAACUCCCCUCUCUUUUUCUGGAAAGAAGAAGAACAGACUUUGUGGCAUUAGGGGCUGCCUCCCUUUUUACUUCAGAGGAGUAUUGGACGGAGUGGCACAAUGACUCAUUUGCAGGCAGGCCUGUCCCCAAAGACGCUGGAGAAAGCCCGGCUGGAACUGAAUGAAAACCCGGACACCCUGCACCAGGACAUCCAGGAGGUGCGGGACAUGGUGAUCACCCGGCCAGACAUUGGCUUUCUCCGCACGGACGACGCCUUCAUUCUCCGCUUCCUCCGGGCCAGGAAGUUCCAGCAUUUCGAGGCGUUCCGCUUGUUGGCCCAGUACUUUGAGUACCGCCAGCAGAACCUCGAUAUGUUCAAGAGCUUCAAAGCCACGGACCCAGGCAUCAAGCAGGCACUCAAGGAUGGCUUCCCAGGAGGACUGGCUAACCUUGAUCACUACGGCAGGAAGAUCCUGGUUCUGUUUGCUGCCAACUGGGACCAAAGCAGGUACACACUGGUGGAUAUUUUGCGUGCCAUACUUCUUUCCUUGGAAGCCAUGAUUGAGGAUCCUGAACUUCAAGUAAAUGGAUUUGUUUUGAUUAUAGACUGGAGCAACUUCACUUUCAAACAGGCUUCUAAACUGACACCAAGUAUGCUUCGAUUAGCCAUAGAAGGCCUUCAGGACAGUUUUCCAGCUCGCUUUGGAGGAAUUCAUUUUGUAAAUCAACCAUGGUACAUCCAUGCCCUCUAUACAGUUAUACGGCCAUUUUUGAAGGAAAAGACAAGGAAAAGGAUAUUUCUCCAUGGAAAUAACCUCAACAGCCUGCACCAGCUAAUCCACCCUGAGAUUCUGCCUUCUGAAUUUGGUGGAAUGCUGCCGCCUUACGAUAUGGGCACAUGGGCAAGAACGCUGCUUGAUCAUGAAUACGACGACGACAGCGAAUACAGUGUGGACUCGUACAACACUUCUGCAAAAGAAGUCGAAAAGGACCUGUCUCCCAAAUCCAUGAAGCGGUCUCAGUCAGUUGUGGACCCUGGAGUGUUAAAGCGCAUGGAUAAAAAUGAAGAAGAAAACAUGCAGCCCUUGCUUUCUCUUGACUAACAAUGUCUGAGCAUCGAACAUGAAUUGGGGUGGAAGGUAUUGCCUUUCGGCAACAAGCAAACCAUUGGGAGGAGAAUGUGUACCAGCCGGAAUCCUAUUUUUCAUGUUAAUGUAGCAUAACGUAAUGAGGCAGCAGGUUUUGCCAGUCAGCCUGGAACAUGUGUGCCCUGGGCUGGAAAACAGGGUGGAAAGGAAGAAGAUGAAAAGGAGCAAAUAUCAAUAAUAUAUUCUGUUAAGUGCCAACCUGUUUGUAAAUAGAGUCUAUUCCUUCUCUUUGCAUUUGUAAGUAAUGGUAGGGAUGUAGUACAGGAAAAGGGAAAAAAGAGUGGCUAUUAAAAUAUGCCAGUUGAAUGCACUGUAAAAGAACGAAAAGCACUCUGAGAAAAAAGAAAGAAAG